AUGUCACUCUUUUUCAAAGCACCACUAGACAUUGAAAUACGCUUGGACGAUGAGAAAUCUCGAAAGCAUAUUGAACUCAAGUCCAAACAGGGUCGCAUUGAGCUGUUGCCGCUCUUCCGAGAUGGAGAGUCGGUGAAGGGACAAGUAACACUUAGGACGAGAAGUGGGAAAGUCGUGGAGCACGUUGGCGUGAAAGUGCAAUUGUUAGGAGUCAUUGAGUCUCCUUUGGACAAUAUCACGCUGUCCGAGUUUCUCAGUUUGGCGACAGAGCUUGCAGCACCUGGUCACUUGAACAAAGCUGAAACGUAUUCAUUCUCGUUCAGAAACGUAGAGAAGCAGUACGAAAGCUAUAGAGGCAAAAAUGUCACUUUGCGUUACUUCAUUAGGGUUGUGGUUUCACGUAAGAAACAGGCAGACAUCACAAGGGAGAAAGAUCUCUGGGUGUUGCAAUAUGCUGACUCAAUCAAUGACGAGAAUAAUGGUAAAGAUAAAGAUGACACCCACCACAAUGGAACUAAAAGGGAUAAUCUCAGCAGAGACGUGAUUGAAACGAGCGCUGCCAGAUCAAUUGCUACAUCGACAGUGAAAAUGGAUGUCGGUAUCGAGCACUGUCUACACAUUGAGUUUGAAUACAACAAAAGCCGAUUCUCUCUCAAAGACAUUAUAUUAGGUCGCAUAUUCUUCAUUCUUGUGAGGAUAAAGAUUAAACACAUGGAGAUUUCGCUAGUUAGAAGGGAAAGUGUGGGAUCUCCUCCAAAUCAGGUCGUUGAUACCGAGACUAUGGUACGAUUUGAGAUUAUGGACGGUGCUCCUGUGAAGGGUGAGAGUAUCCCUAUUAGACUUUUCUUGAAUGGCUAUGACCUUACCCCCACAUAUAAAGAUGUGAACAAGAAGUUCUCAUCCAGAACGUACUUGCUGUUAGUAUUGAUCGAUGAGGACGGCAGAAGGUACUUCAAGCAAAGUGAAAUUAUUCUUUAUCGCGAGGAUCAAUGA